UUAAUUUGGCACGCCAGCAUUUGAGGGUUAUGAAAUCCGCAAUGACGACAUUUCUGGUGAAGUCGGGCAAAUCAUUAAUGCUGCUUAUAAGCAAAGCAACUUGUUUUGAAGGUUUUAUGCUGCGAGCCGAGGUGAAGAACAACAGCAGAGAUGAAGAUGAAGAUUAUUAUCUUGGCUUUUUGUGUUUGGUCAUGUCGGGCGGUGAUGGAAAACUGUCCGUGUCCGCCGCUUGAUAACGGCUUUUUGGUCCCACAUUUGGAGAUUUACGAACACGGCAUUAACAUUUCCUAUGGCUGUGAAACGGGUUGGAAACCUGCUCUCGGAACACGUUGGGGAGAGAUAACGUGCAGUAACGGCACAUGGUCGCACAGCCCUCGGUGUAUCGAUUCAACAUCCUGUUUUACCCCGUAUGCGUCACACGCUAAACCUGCACAUCACCCAACGGCGUUCUAUCCUCACGCAAGCCUUCUUCCAUUCGUAUGUGACCGAGGCUACGAGUUCGACGGAACGGAUUCUGCAUUAUGUCUAAACGCAACUUGGAGGCUGCCGGUGUGCAAAAGAAAACCUCACACGUGUGAUUCCCCGGCUAAAGUUUUCAACGUGACCGUCAUGCAUCCUAACCAGGACGUUUUUGAAAACGGCGACAUGCUUAAAUACGUUUGUGCAGAACUGUAUAUGCAGGCUGCUCUAGAAUUUAUGACUUGUUUGUAUGGUAUAUGGAGCCCUGCGCCUGACUGUGAUGAUAUUCUGACCGUUCUAGGUGAAACUGCAGUAUUUCCUCAUCAGGUUUCAGAGUUUUCUGACGAUCUUUCAGAUGCAGGAAGUCCUGUGAGAAGUGCAACUCCUCAUACAGUCAGAAAAUGUCGAACGGAGCCUCGUUUAGAAAAUGGCCACAUUGCUCAGCUGAAAGGUGGAAUGAGAUUGUCAGCUGAGUGUUUGCCGUUUUACAAGCUAGAAGGACCUGCUGAAAUAAGAUGUGUUAUGGGGAAGUGGACAGAACUGCCGGUGUGUAAACCUCCGUGUACAUUGGAUAGGACCCGUUUUGAUUCCGAUCAUCCUGAUGAAUAUCUGAUGGAGGGUGAACAGAAGACAUUUUUCUGUAGUGGAUUUAAACAGAAAAGAAACGUCAGAUGCGUUAAUGGAAACGCAAUCUAUGGAGAAUGUCACUCCUCUGGCAGGCUUUUGAACCAAAUAUUUAUAUCUUCUUACGUCAUUUUGGCCUUAAUUCUCAAAAAUAUGUUUAACACAACUACCAUACCAACACCAUACCAACUAACAACAGAGAAGAUGAGGACUAUUAUUAUUAUCCUGGCUUUUUCUAUUUGGUCAUGUCCGGCCGUGCUCGAAAUUGUACUAAACUGUCGACGUCCAAAACUCAUGAACGGCUUUUUCGUCCCACACUUGGACAUUUAUGAACACAGCGUUAAUAUUUCCUACGGCUGUGACACGGGCCUGAAACCUGCCCUCGAGACGUGGUGGGGAGAAAUAACAUGCAAGGACGGCCAAUGGUCUCACAACCCUCAGUGCAUUGAUAAAACACACUGUGCCCCACAUGUGCUAAACGCCCAUGCCGAACAGCCGUUAAAAACAUCCUAUGCUCCUAACGAGGAGUUUAAUUUCAAAUGCGAGCCCAACUUUGAGUUUGAAAGUGGAAACUCAAAAGCAAGAUGUGAAAAUGGAAAAUGGACGCUGCCGAAGUGUAAGCGAAAGCCUGAAUUUUGCGCGCCUCCUCCCCGGGUUUUCAACGGAAUGAUCAUACAACCUUACCAGGAUGCAUUCAAGAACGGCGCUCAGCUCAAUUACGUCUGCGCAGACGGAUAUAAGAUAGAAGGAAACGAUUAUAACAUCUGUGAAAACGGCCAGUGGACCAAUAGCCCUACAUGUGUUGAAAAAUCACCAUGUAGUAGAGAACCAGCUGUGCGAAACGCCCGACCCGCAGACGAGUUAAGAAGGUCCUAUAACCAUGGAGACACCGUUCAGUUUAUAUGUAACAGAGGCUACACGUUUGAAGACACAGACUCCGCACAGUGUGAAGACGGAACCUGGAAGCUGCCCAAGUGUAUAGUUGAGAAAUCACCAUGUAGUAGUAAACCAGCUGUGCGAAACGCCCGACCCGCAGACGAGUUAAGAAGGUCCUAUAACCAUGGAGACACCGUUCAGUUUAUAUGUAACAGAGGCUACACGUUUGAAGACACAGACUCUGCACAGUGUGAAGACGGAACCUGGAAGCUGCCGGAGUGUAUAGAUCCAACACGGUGUACUGCCCCACGAGUGGCGAACGCCCAGCCUUCAGGAACGUUAGAGUCAUCCUAUAGGUCUGGAGACUAUGUUGUGUUUCGAUGUGACCGCGGCUAUGAGUUUGAAAGAAGACACCCAUAUGCAACGUGUGCAGACGGAACCUGGAGGCUGCCGGUGUGUCAAAAAUUAUGUGGUACGCCAAGUGUGCCGAACGCCCGACCUACAGUAGGGUUAUCGACUUCCUAUAGUACUGGAAGCUAUGUUGUGUUUAAUUGUAACUCCGGCUAUGAGUUUGUAGGAGAACAUUACGCAAAGUGCGUAGAUGGAAAUUGGGAGCUCCCGGUGUGUAAAAGUCGAGAUGAAACGGUGUGUUCUGCCCCACACGUGCCGAACGCCCGACCUGUAGUAGAUUUAACAUUGUUCUAUGCUACUGGACGCACUGUUAGAUUUGUAUGUGACAGCGGCUAUGAGUUUGAAGGAACAGAUACUGCGAGGUGUGAAGGUGGAAUCUGGAGGCUGCCAGUGUGUAAAGGACGUGGGCCUCACGGUGGAUCUCUACAUCCUGAUCCUGAUGCGGUUCUGUUGCCUGUCAGAUAUUGUGGAACUCAACCCCUUAUUGAAAAUGGAGACGUUACCGAGCUAGCAGGUGGAAAUGAAUUAAAAGCUCAGUGUAAGAGACUUUAUAAACUAACAGGACCUGGAACAAUAAGAUGUGUUAACGCGAAAUGGACGGAGAUCCCGGUGUGUAAACCGCCGUGUAAACUGGAUAGGACAAAAAUUCUUCAUACUCAUCAUCCUGAUGAAUAUCUGCAGGAGGGUGAAACGAAGAGAUUUUACUGUAGUUACAGAGAUCAAAUAGAUAUCAGCUGCAUUCAUGGAACACCAGUCUAUGGUGAAUGUAAGUGCAUCCUGUGUUUUAUCGAGACAAAAGCAAUAACGGCGUUUCUCUACUUACAGAUUCAUUUAUCUUUAUUUUCCGCAGUUAUUAUAUAAUGAAUAAAACACACAGCACACAGCACUUUACCAGCUUCAGAUUUUUUUUAUCCGUUUAUUAUAGUCACCAUGAAUGUUGUGUGACCUGUUAUCAAACAAGUUAGUUCUGUUCUCGCUUACACUCUAGUAACUAUAAACGGGCUGCUCCCUCACCAGCCGCUCUUCGUCCUCUCUUUUAACGUGAAUACGCAGACACUGGAGACUCCUUCUAGAGAACUUCACCAUAUCAAGGACUACAUGCAUUCCAUACAUACAUAAUCUGUCAGUGCACAGUAUAGAAACAUUAACAUAUUAGAAUUUGUAGCUGCGCUAGUGCCAGAGCCACUCUUCUAGAAAUGUAUUCAACCCUAACCUUCUGACCAAUCAGGAUCCAGAAUUCAACAGCGCUGUGGUGUAAGAAUGCAGUAAUAUUAGGACCUGUGAUCGUUAUUAUGCUCAGUUGCUUUAAUGAGGUUUAUUUGAGCAGUUUUGAACAAAAUGGAGAAUGAGGAUGUGCAGUUGAACGUUUUGGGGUUUUUAUUGAGACUGUCUUAUUUUGUUUACAGGUAAAUACCACUGGGUAAGUACAUACCUAUUUUAAUUAUGGCAAAAAAUACUAAAUGCAAUUAAUAUAUUAUAAUAACUGUAUCAGCAGAGUAACACUGUCUGUGGUCCAGUGCUGAUACCGAAUCUUAAUUCAGAUAUAUUCAUUCAUGUCUAUGUGCACUAGUUUUGACAGUGAGCUGUAUCAACGACUAAAUCUUGGAGGAGGAGUGGGGGGGACAUCUGCAGAGCUCUUGCUACUGAUCAUCCUUCUCAGCAUUAACACUCACUUUUCAACCAAAAUAAAUAAAAGCAUAUCA